AAUUACAUCUGACGUGUGUUAGCUGCUGUAGUGGUGACGUGUCUCUAAAAGUGAUUUCUUUUCGGAGCGGAACGGCGAGCCGGUGCCAUUCAGACUUGACUGAUCCAGUACACCGGGACCAUUAACACGCUGGGAUCCACACAAAGGGCACCAUGGGCAUAAAAUUUUUGGAAGUAAUAAAACCGUUCUGUGCGGUUUUACCUGAAAUUCAAAAGCCAGAAAGAAAGAUUCAGUUCAGGGAAAAGGUACUAUGGACUGCCAUCACACUCUUCAUCUUCCUGGUCUGCUGCCAGAUCCCCCUCUUUGGGAUCAUGUCAUCGGACUCUGCCGACCCGUUCUACUGGAUGAGAGUGAUUCUGGCAUCCAACAGAGGUACUCUGAUGGAGCUGGGCAUCUCUCCCAUCGUCACCUCUGGUCUCAUCAUGCAGCUGCUGGCUGGAGCCAAAAUCAUUGAGGUCGGGGACACCCCAAAGGACAGAGCGCUCUUUAACGGGGCACAGAAAUUGUUCGGUAUGAUCAUCACCAUCGGCCAGGCCAUUGUGUACGUAAUGACGGGGAUGUACGGGGACCCCUCGGAGAUGGGAGCUGGGAUCUGCUUGCUAAUCAUCAUUCAGCUGUUUGUGGCAGGCCUGAUUGUCCUGCUCCUGGAUGAGCUGUUGCAGAAGGGCUAUGGUCUGGGCUCUGGAAUCUCCCUUUUCAUCGCCACAAACAUCUGCGAGACCAUCGUCUGGAAGGCCUUCAGCCCCACCACUGUGAACACAGGCAGAGGAACGGAGUUUGAGGGUGCCAUCAUCGCCCUCUUCCACCUGCUGGCCACCCGCACGGACAAAGUGCGCGCCCUGAGAGAGGCCUUCUACCGCCAGAACCUGCCCAACCUCAUGAACCUCAUUGCAACCGUUUUCGUCUUUGCUGUGGUCAUAUACUUCCAGGGCUUCAGAGUGGACCUGCCCAUCAAGUCUGCCCGCUACCGUGGUCAGUACAACACCUAUCCCAUCAAACUGUUCUACACCUCCAACAUUCCCAUCAUCCUCCAGUCAGCCCUGGUGUCCAAUCUCUACGUCAUCUCCCAGAUGCUCUCUACACGAUUCAGUGGAAACUUCCUUGUCAAUCUACUAGGAACUUGGUCUGACACUUCCUCUGGAGGUCCAGCACGUGCCUACCCUGUCGGUGGGCUGUGCUACUAUCUUUCGCCGCCAGAGUCGUUUGGCUCGGUACUGGAUGACCCGGUCCAUGCGGUUAUCUACAUUGUCUUCAUGCUGGGGUCCUGUGCUUUCUUCUCCAAGACUUGGAUCGAGGUUUCUGGGUCGUCUGCCAAAGACGUAGCUAAACAGCUGAAGGAGCAGCAGAUGGUGAUGAGAGGGCACAGGGAGACCUCCAUGGUGCACGAACUCAACAGGUACAUCCCCACCGCUGCAGCCUUUGGUGGCCUUUGCAUCGGUGGGUUGUCAGUCAUGGCUGACUUCCUGGGUGCCAUAGGCUCGGGCACGGGUAUCCUGUUGGCGGUCACAAUCAUCUACCAGUACUUUGAGAUCUUUGUCAAAGAACAGAGCGAAGUGGGGAGCAUGGGGGCCCUGCUCUUCUAAACCCCUGCCCCUGACACACCAGACAGACGCCACCACUUGUCUCUUGUAUUGUUUUUUAGUUUAUUAUUCACGCACAGUCAGUGUUCUUCUGCCUCCUGGAGAACUCUUUUGAACGUUUUUUUGUUGUUUUUUUUUCCCUAGAAGCCCUGUGGGCAGAUAUACAAACGUUCAAGUGGGAUCUCUCUGGGAACGAGGGGCACCCUUGUGUCCAUCCUCCCUCCCCUGUUGCCUGUCCUGUCCCAAAAGCAUAAAGCCACACUCCUGCCCCCACAUUGCUUCUUCAUACUUGGCACCACGUUUUGAUUAGAUUUUCUUGAGUUUCAUUUUGCUCUGGAAAACAUGCCUAAAAGCACAAGUGGUCAGCUGGUUGACUGGGAUUGGGUCCUGGAUGGCAUUUUGGGCGGCAGCUGUCUCCAGACUGGGUCUGAGGCUGUCGUCAGUCCUGUUCAUAUCAGAGCCCGACUUUGUUUCAGUCAACAUAUGCUUCCUUUGAACAAGAACUUCUCAUGGCUUCAAAGCCUUUUACAUCCACACCCCCAAAAAUGUUUUUGGGAUGAUGGGGAGGACAAGUGGCUCUUGGCUUCCUGCUAUUGUCUGCCAAGGAAUACCUUCACCCCUGGUCAUUCCGGUGAGGUCUGUACCUGGGAGACUUUGGUGAAAAACCGCAGUUGUGGUUAUUUCAGGUUGUUUUUAAUGGGUGAGGAGAGUGGUGCCAGAGCGGUUUCAUGUUGAAAGUGAAACUGCGUCUCUGAAUUGCAUCCACUUUUUUUUAGAAUGGUGAUUAUAAAAGAAACAAGUGCAGAUACCCUACAAAUCUCUAUCCUGGUUUCUGUUUUUUGUUUUUGUUUUGUUUGUUAGUUUUUCUUUUCAUUUUCCAAAUGUAAAACACACAGGUCUUAUCAAGUACACAGUACGUCUUUUUUAUUUCAGUCCAGGUAAAGGGAAGUGUUUUGUUGGUCACAAGGUCCUUUGUCUCUGACGUAAUUGGCCUUGUGCAGCAACAUAUUCUGCCUGGCAGAGGCUGGAGGGUGCGUGGGUCAGGUAGGGGAGGGGUGGGGGUUGUUUUUGUUUUUAUUUGCUGCAUUGGAUAUAACUGUAUUAUUAAAGAAAGGAAAAAAACAAGCAAAUUCUGACAUCAUGGAUUUUUUUUUCUGUAUAUAUCCAUUGUACUCAUUAUUCUUCCACUGUAAAAUAAUUUUUGAAUGUGUAAAGAUAAGAAAAACCUGCUUUGAACAAAUGCAAUCUGUUUAAAUAAAAAUGAUAAAAAAGGCCAUGGUCAAUAAAAGCUACUUUGGGGAAAUAAA